GGGCCAGCCAAAAGAGCAAGACCAGACUGCUUUCCGAGCAGCGCUUCUUCAAUAGCCUGAUGGGCUUCAAGCUGGUGCUGGCCGACUCGCGGGACUGGUACAAGCAGCACGCGGGCUCGGCCAGCUGCCAGGAGCUGGAGCAGCGACUCAGCCACAUGGACUCGCUGUCCACCGAGAUAGCUGAGGCGCGCGAAGCCACCGAGGCACUGGACGACCAGCAUCUCGAGUGGAAGCAGGACUUUGGCAUCUUCUACGACAGCUGGCACGACAUGAAGCAGGCGCUGCAGGCGCUCAUAGAGCAGCGUGGCGGGGAGAGCAUUGCCCGGCAGCUGCAGCAGCUGGAGGCUUUCGUUGGCAAGGUGGCCGCCCAGAAGGUGCGCGUUUCCAAUCUGGAGGCCAUGCAGCAACAGCAGCAGCUGCUCAAUCAGCUGGUCGACGAACUGGAGUCACUGAAGUCGAGCUACGAGUCGGUGCCCGCCCAUAUGAUCAGCGAGGAGCUGCAGGCCGCCUGGCAACGGCUGCCGGAGCAGCUGAACGAGCGGGUGAUCAAGCAAACCACCGCCAUAGAGAACUUCAACCACUUUGUGGCCGAGUACAAUUCCAUAAUUGCCGUGCUGCGCAGCGCUCCACAGGUGCUGCAGGCGCAGGAUCUGCGCAAGCUGGAGAUCGAUGUGAUCAGUGCACGCAAUUUCAGUGAGAUUCUGAUCAAGGAGGCGGAGCCGGAACAGCGCGAGUCUCUGCAAGCGCAUAUACGUACGCUAAAUGCCCUGUACGAUCAGGUGGAGCAACUGCAUCAGGCACAGCGACAACAGCAGUCGGCACUGGAGUCCCAGAGCGAUGCGAUACAAGCGCGACUACAGCAGACGGAGCGCUGGCUCAACGAGCUGGAGGCGAACACGCCCAAGUCCGGCAUUGCCGAGAUACGCAAUUCCAACGAGCUCUUUCAGAGCAAGUCCAAGUUCCAGACUCUCAAGGAGACGUGCGAGCGCGAGGCCACGCAGUUCCGGGAGCUGAAUGAGCUGGGCGGCGAGCUGCUGCUGCAAAUGGACGAGCUGCAGAACAAGGAGAAGGACUCCAAGUACGGCUCGCUGGCCAAGCAGUUCACCCACCUCAAUGCUCGCUGGACGGAGGUGACGGAGCGGGUCUACACCAAGACUGCGCUGCUGGAGCACAUCUCCACGCAGCUGGGAGAGUUCAAGAAGUUUAUGGUCAGCGAGACGGGCUACCUGGAUCGGCUGGAGAACAAGAUACGCAACACGCCCGAGAAUGCGGCGGAUGCCGAGGAAAUCAUAGAAGAGUUAGAUGAUCUGGAGAACGUGCUGCGCUCCCAUUCCGACGAGUGGCUGGACAAGAUUCAAGAAAUUGGCAACGAGCUAAUUGACAAUGAAUUUAUGGCCGAUGCCAUGCGUAAGGACAUCGAUGGCAUUGUCGAGCGCUGGACACAGCUGCAGCAGCAGGCCAAGAAGCGCACCGAACUGCUGGAGGAGAAGGCCAGCGAGGCGGAGCAGUCCGAGAAGGCAAUUGUGCAUCUGGAGAGCUGGCUGACGCGCAUGGAUGAGAUACUCAGCGACCAUCUGGAAAACGAUGUGACCAUUGAGGAUCUGCCCGACGACUUCCAGAUUCUGGCACGUGAAUUCGCCAUUAAUGAGCAGAAUUUCAAGGAAAUAAGCACGCUGAUUGCAGAGCACACGGCCAAUGGCAAAACGGGCGCCGCCAAUCGGCUGCAGGAGCAGCUCAACUUGAUGGAGACGCGCUUCAAGGUCUGCCAGGCCAAGCUCAACAAGUGCACRGCGCCACAGGCCGCCUACGAGUCGCGCCUGAAUCGUGCCUAUGGGGAUCUCCGCAACGUGGAGCACUCCACGCUGGUGCUGGACGUGGCCUCGGCGGGACCCAGCACGGUGCAGGCGCAGUAUCAGAAAUGCCUGCAAAUCUAUCGCACCCUGUCUGAAAUCAAGUCGGAUAUUGAGAGCACCAUUAAGAUGGGCCGGCGCGUGUGUGAGGAUAUUUAUACAAAGAGCCCUAAGCAGUUGAGUCAGCGCAUCGAUGCACUGAAGCAUCUGUACAAUUCGCUCGGCGAGAAUGUCACCCAGUCGAAGGCCUUCCUCGAGGACCUCAUCGAGCUGGCCAGGCAGCUGGAGCACUGCUUCGAUGCGGCCGAUGAGCUGAUCAGGCGCUUCGAGUCGCCCCAGGAGGUGCACGACCGCAACUCCAUACUGCUCAAGUUCGAGGAUGUGCUGCAGCGCUGCGAGCAGCACUACAACGAGUACAGCAAGUCGUGCGACAAGAGCUGCAUGCAGGACACACGGCAGCGCAUCGAUGGCCUCAAGGCCACCUACCACAGGCUGACCAGUGCGGACAUCAUCAAGCGGCUCACCGAAAUGAAGGCAACGCUGCAGAACUUGGACAACAUUUCGAUGGAGACACUCAAAACCAUGGAACACGAUCUUAAGGAGAUAAAUGUGCCAUCGAAUCCGGAAAUUGAAAAGCUGCAGCAGCAGGUCAUUGCAAUAGUUGUGGAUACACUGAGAACGCGCUUCGACGAGACAUCAACGCUGGCUGCCCCAGCCGAUGACGAUACGGAAAUUGUGGUUGUCAGCGAUACAGUGCGUCAAAGACGCGCACGUACACCGCAGGCCGGUGAAGGCGGCACGCCCAACACAAGUCUCACCGAGUCACCGCAGUCAGCGAAAGCGGACGCCCAGCCGGGCUCGAACAGUGGUGAACAGGUGCUGCCUGAUUUGCUUCCACCUCAAACGUUUCGUUUGGCUGAAUUCAGCACACUCUUCUCGCAGAUAUCGUUGAAUCCGAACAAGGCGAUGGAGUCGCCUCCGCCGAAGCCGGCGAAAAACAAACGCAAAGCGCCGGCAGCGCCCGCUCAGGUGGUUGAGAUAAAGGUGAAAAAUAUUGAGAAUGACAAAAUGUCGGUGCAGAAUAUUGCGCUGGAGCCGCACCAGGGUGAGAUUGUGGACACGGUUAACAUUUUAGAGAGCGUAGAGCCGCUGCUGCCGGAGUUUGUGCAGACCGUGCAAAUAGUGGAUUUGUCCGAGGACUCGGAUUCCUCGCUGCGAGUCGAUGUAAACGGCAAGGAGGUGCGACGCAGCAAGAGCAAACAUUCGCUAUGUGAAUCGCCGGGGGCCAAGGCAGCAGAAGGCACAGACACAGAUCGGGAUGCGGAUGCGACUGCGAAUGCGGAUGCGGAUGCAGAAGCCAUGCUGCGUCCUGCUGCGGGCAACACCAGCACCCCGCUGCUGCGCGUGGCGAAGCAACGAAUAUCCUUCGAUGAGAAACGCAAACGCAUUGCCCAUGAGCGUGACAUACUACGCGACUCCGAGGAGGAGGAGGCGCCACAAAGUGUGGCAGCGCCCACUGGCAGUGCCACAGCAAGUGAACAGCGACCGAAGGCCAAACGCUGGCGUCAGCUGCAACCAGAAAUGGAAGCUCUGACACCGGACACCGAGCCCGAGUCGCCCAUUCGCAAUAGUUUCUAUAGCGCCGACAAGGAGACAGGUUUUGAUAUUGAGCCGUUGGUAUUCUCCGACGAUGAAGAGAUACCGCGCUUCUCGCUGGAAAUGACACCAACCUUCGACUCCGAUAGUGAUACGAGCCGCAUUGAGACGCCCUCCACGAAGAAGCCGAACUCGUUCCUGAGCAAGGUGCUCCACUCAAUGCCCUCGCCCCUAGACGACUCGAAUGUAACCCUCAAGAGUCCGCCCACUGAACAGCCCGCAAGCGGUCCCGCCAACUUGGCCCAACGCGUUGAGGAUUUCAAUAAGAGGGCCAAGCAGAUGAUCUGUCAGCUGGAGAUGACCAAGACCAAAAUCGAACAGUGUCCCGAGAGCGAGGCCGAGCAUCUCCGCAUGCUCAUAGCACCAGAUGCGGCCACUCUGAUCUCACAAGGUGAUUCCUUGGUGCUGGAGACGCAUGGCAAGCAUGGCAGCAUCUCGCGCCCAGUCAUGCACACGCAGAUCUUACUCAGAGAAAAGUUCCGUGAGGUGCAGCAAGCCAAGCCUAAAGCAACCGGCAAGUCCAGCACUGAGUCCAGCACAGAGCUCGAGAAACGCAUGGAGGACAUCAACGAACGCCACGACGAUCUGCAGGUCAUUUCUGGCGCCGUUGGCAAGAAUAGCCAAAAGCCAAAGGUCACGCCUGUCAUGAUGAACGAAAUCGAAAAGACUAAAAACAAUUUGAUUGCUCAUGCCGAUAGCAUAGAACUCUCGCUGACGGAAUUGAAAAAUGUCAACCAAAUGGGCAAUGGGACUGGCGCCACCAACAGUCGACAGGACUACAACAGCGAGCCCAGCGGCGUUGGCGCUUUGGCCAGCAGCUUCGACAAGUCCGUUUUGCACAUUUCCGACUGGCUGACUUGGGAACAAAAUAUGAUCAAGAUACAGAGCGUGCUGGUGAACGACGGCGACGCCGUCCGCCAGGCCAUCGAGAAGCAGGAGAAAGUUUUGCGUGAAUUGAAAAUGAAAAAGCCGCAACUCAAUGAACUGGUCCACACAGCAGAGGUGCUGAAAGGCGACAUCAAACGUCAGCAGCUGCAGGAAAAAGUGACCCGCCUGAGGGAGCAUUGGGAUGAGACGUCACAGUGCGUUCUGCAGCGAGCGGCGCAGCUGAAGAGCAUGCUGAGCGAUUCGCAGCGGUUUGAGGCCAAGCGCGUCGAGUUGGAAAUGUGGUUGGCGCGCAUGGAGCAGCGAGCCGAGCGAAUGGGCACCGUGGCCACCACAGCAGACAUACUGGAGGCCCAGCAGAAGGAGCAGAAGUCCUUCCACGCCGAGCUGCAUCAGAAUAAGCAGCACUUCGACCUCUUCAGCGAGCUGACGCAGAAACUAAUUGCAGUCUAUCCAAACGAUGAUACUUCCAGAGUUAAGAAGAUGACGGAGUCCAUUAAUCAACGCUAUACUAACUUGAAUAAUGGUGUAAUCAACCGAGGCAAACUACUUCACGCCGCUGUGCAAGAUCUGCAGUCGUUCGAUCGUAAAAUGGAUCAGUUUCUCGCUUUUCUCUCGGAAACGGAAACCCUUUGUGAAAAUGCUGAAUCGGACAUUGAUCGCAAUCCGAUGAUGUUUAAGGAUCUGCAAUCGGAAAUUGAAACCCAUCGCGUUGUUUACGAUCGUCUCGAUGGCACCGGCCGCAAACUUUUGGGUUCGCUCACCUCGCAAGAGGACGCCGUUAUGCUGCAGCGCCGCUUGGAUGAAAUGAAUCAACGCUGGAAUAAUUUAAAAUCGAAAAGUAUUGCAAUCAGAAAUCGCCUGGAAUCAAAUUCGGAGCACUGGAAUGCCUUGCUGCUGUCGCUGCGAGAGCUAACCGAGUGGGUCAUUCGCAAGGAUACGGAGCUGAGCAGCUUAGGCCUGGGCCCGGUGCGCGGCGAUGCGGCCAGCCUGCAAAAACAGCUUGAUGAUCAUAAAGCUUUUCGCCGUCAGCUGGAGGAUAAACGCCCAAUUGUUGAGAGCAAUUUAACGAGCGGUCGUCAGUAUAUAGCCAGCGAGACGCCCGUUUCGGAUACCAGCGAUACCGAGGCCGCCCACGACUCCGACUCGCGUUACAUGUCCGCCGAGGAGCAGAGCCGGGAACUGGCGCGCAGCAUACGGCGCGAGGUGGGCAAACUUUCGGAGCAGUGGAACAAUCUAAUCGAUAGAUCUGACAAUUGGAAGCAUCGUUUGGACGAGUACAUGACGACGAGUUCAGUCUCAGUUGUAGCUCAAAUUCUUAUUACCGACACGCUCAAAAAAAUGCGCCAAUUCCAAAAGGUCCUGGAGGACUUGACCUCCCGCGUUGCCUUGGCCGAGCAAACACAGCUCGCCUGGCAGACGCCGUCGUCCGUGGGCGAGGCUAAUGAGCAGAUGCAGCAGCUGCAGCGGCUGCGGGACAAGAUGACCACGGCCAGCGCCCUGCUGGACGACUGCAACGAGCAGCAAUCGUUCUUCACCGCCAAUCAGGUGCUGGUGCCGACGCCGUGCCUGUCCAAGCUGGAGGAUUUAAAUACACGCAUGAAACUGCUGCAAAUUGCGAUGGACGAGCGUCAGAAGGUGUUGUGCCAGGCCGGUGCCAACAAUGCGCACGAGAACGGGGACGAUGGACGCACUACGUCAAACAGCGGCACCAUUGGACCACUGCCCAAUUUGGGCCAAAGUGUUAAGCCGCCCUGGGAGCGUGCCACGACUGCCGCCAACGUGCCUUACUACAUCGACCAUGAACGCGAGACCACACACUGGGACCACCCGGAGAUGAUCGAACUGAUGAAGGGACUGGCGGACCUCAACGAAAUUCGCUUCUCAGCCUAUCGCACAGCCAUGAAACUCCGAGCUGUCCAAAAGCGAUUAGCGCUUGAUCGCAUCUCAAUGGCCACUGCGUGCGAGUCGUUUGACCGGCACGGACUGCGGGCCCAGAACGACAAGCUUAUCGACAUACCGGAUAUGACGACGGUGCUGCAUUCGCUCUACGUGACAAUCGAUAAAAUUGAUUUGACGCUAAUGCUCGACCUGGCCAUCAACUGGAUACUGAACGUGUACGACUCGCAGCGCACCGGGCAAAUUCGGGUGCUCAGCUUCAAGGUGGGCCUCGUGCUGCUCUGCAAGGGCCAUCUCGAGGAGAAGUAUCGAUACCUGUUCCGCUUGGUCGCUGACACCGACCGGCGAGCAGAUCAGCGGCGCCUGGGACUCCUUUUGCACGAUUGCAUACAGGUUCCCCGUCAACUGGGCGAGGUGGCCGCCUUUGGAGGCUCUAAUAUCGAGCCCUCGGUGCGCUCGUGCCUGGAGCAGGCGGGCAUAUCACAGGAAGCCAUCGAUGGCAAUCAGGAGAUUUCGAUCGAGCUGCAGCACUUCCUCGGCUGGCUGCAGCACGAGCCGCAGAGUCUGGUGUGGCUGCCCGUGCUGCAUCGUCUGGCUGCCGCGGAGGCGGCCAAGCACCAGGCCAAGUGCAACAUAUGCAAAGAGUAUCCGAUAGUCGGCUUCCGGUAUCGCUGCCUCAAGUGCUUCAACUUUGACAUGUGCCAAAAGUGUUUCUUCUUCGGGCGGAAUGCCAAGAACCACAAGCUCACCCAUCCCAUGCACGAGUACUGCACAACGACCACAUCCACCGAGGACGUGCGAGACUUUACGCGCGCCCUUAAAAACAAAUUCAAGAGUCGCAAAUACUUUAAGAAGCAUCCACGCGUCGGCUAUCUGCCCGUGCAGAGCGUCCUAGAGGGUGAUGCACUCGAGAGCCCGGCGCCCAGUCCACAGCACACCUCGCACCAGCUGCAGAACGACAUGCACUCGCGCCUCGAGAUGUAUGCGUCGCGGCUGGCCCAGGUGGAGUACGGCGGAACUGGCUCCAACUCGACGCCCGACAGCGACGACGAGCAUCAGCUGAUCGCACAGUAUUGCCAGGCGCUGCCCGCGACCAAUGGCAGCGCGCCCAAGUCGCCGGUUCAGGUGAUGGCCGCGAUGGAUGCGGAGCAGCGCGAGGAACUGGAGGCCAUCAUCCGCGACCUCGAGGAGGAGAACGCCAAUCUGCAGGCCGAGUACCAGCAGCUGUGCACCAAGCAGCAGAGCGGCACGCCCGAUGAAUCCAACGGCAUGCACCACUCCAGCAGCUCCAGCAUGACGGGUCUGUCCAGCCAGGGCGAGCAUGGCCAGGACAUGAUGGCCGAGGCAAAGCUGUUGCGGCAGCACAAGGGCCGCCUAGAGGCGCGUAUGCAGAUACUCGAGGAUCACAAUCGCCAGCUGGAGGCGCAGCUGCAGCGACUUCGCCAGCUGCUCGACGAGCCCAACGGCGGCGGCAGCAGCGCCACCAGCAGCGGCCUGCCCAGUGCGCCCGGCUCAGCGCUCAAUUCCAAGCCAAACACGCUGCAGACGCGCUCGGUAACCGCCUCCCAGCUGAACACCGACUCCCCGGCCAAGAUGAACCAGCAGAACGGCCACUACGACCACACUUCAAAAGCAGCAGAUAACUUGGUCACCGUCAUCACCGAACAGGAAAUCGAGCCCAACAACGAGGACUUGGAAGAGACGAGCAGCAGCACGGCUACAAAUACAACGACGACGACGACCACGAAUACGGAAAAGACCUGCGUGGACUUGAGGAAAUAACUUUCGGUACUUACGAAUGCAAGGAAAUACUAAGAGGAAAGGCAACCAAUAAUAAUCAGAAACCAACUUAAGCAUACUUCACUGUAAUGGCUAGCGUGCAAGCAAAUUCUAAACAGUAUACAUAUACCUACAUAUACAUAUAUAUAUAUAUAUCGG